AUGCUGAGCAUCCAGGACGAGGACCUGCUGCCGCCCGGCUUCCAGGCCGCGCUGGAGCGCGUGCGCGCCGGCGCCGACGUCAUGCCUCGCCGCCAGCUGGAUGCCGCGCUGGCAGCGGAGCUGGGGCCCAGCUGGCGCGCGCGCCUGGCCGCCUUCGACCCCGCCCCCGUGGCCGCCGCCUCCAUCGGGCAGGUGCACCGCGGCACCCUGCACGACGGCCGCGCGGUGGCCAUCAAGGUGCAGUACCCGGGCGUGGCGCAGUCCAUCGAGAGCGACGUGGACAACCUGCUGCGCGUGGUGCGCCUGACCAACAUCCUGCCCAAGAGCCUAUUCGUCAAUAACCUGACCAAGGUGGCCAAGAAGGAGCUGGCGCUGGAGUGUGACUACGAGUAUGAGGCGGCCUCGCAGGCGCGCUAUGCGGCGCUGGUGGCGGCUGACCCCGAGCUGGCCCCCCUCUUCUUCGUCCCCCCCAUCGUCCCCGACCUGAGCUCGCGCGGGGUGCUGACCAGCGUCUGGGUGGAGGGCGUGCACAUCGACCGCGUGGCGGAGCUGGGGCAGGAGGCACGCGACCGCGUGGCGACCAGCCUGCUGACGCUGACGCUGCGCGAGCUGUUCGACUGGCGCUUCAUGCAGACCGACCCCAACUGGGGCAACUUUCUGUACGACGAGGCCACGGGACGCAUCAACCUGGUGGACUUUGGCGCGUCCCGGGACUUCCCCAUCACCUUCGUGCGGGAGUACCUGCACAUGGUGGCGGCCUGCGCACGCAGGGACCGGGAGGCCAUCAUCCGCCACUCCAUCAACAUGGGCUUCCUGACGGGCGAGGAGGAGCAAGUCAUGCUGGAUGCGCACGUGGAGGCGGGCUCGGUGGUGGGCAUCCCCUUUGGCACCCCGGGGCUGUACGACUUUGCCACGCACUCGACGGUGACCAAGCGCGUGACGGAGCUGGGGGCGGUGAUGCUGCGGCACCGGCUGACACCGCCGCCGGACGACAGCUACUCCUUGCACCGCAAGCUCAGCGGCGCCUUCCUGGCCUGCAUCAAGCUGAAGGCGCGGGUGCCCUGCCACCAGCUGUUCGAGGAGGCGUACGCUCGCUUCCAGGCCAAGGAGGGGACGGGAGAGGGGGAGCAUGACCUGCCGCGCAUCGCUUCGCUGCAUUGA